AUGCGCAGUGGGUUUGCCUGCCUACUCGGCUUGGCUGGCCUAACCUUGACCAAUGCAUUGAGUCUGGAGAAGAGAGACAGACCGGCGGUGCUCACGGUGCCACUGGUACGCGACACAUCGCGUCAGCUUUCCAAGCGUUCGAAGACUGUCGAUGUCGAUUUUGACAACGAGAAACCAUAUUACUACAUAACCUAUGUCGCAAAUAUGACUUUCGGCACCCCGCCCCAGAGUUUAUUUGCUUACAUUGACACCUGGGGUAAUGGCUGUUGGGUCAGGGGCGUUAAUAACACUGGUUGCGAGGAUUUAUACUCGGAACUGCCCGAUUGUGGUGGAUAUGGAAGCUACAACCUGACUGCCUCAAGCACUGGCAAAAAGCUCGACGGGAGAUUCGCAUAUGAUGAUAAUGUUUCCGGUUUAAUGAUAGGUGGAGACUUCGUGACCGACGUUCUGAAGAUUGGUGGUAUCACAGUGGACGCUAUGAAGAUGGGGUUGGCUGCAGAUGGUGAAUUUGCUAGCAAUACUUUGGGUCUUGGGUACGGAAAUGCAUCUUCCACCUCCCUGCCUCAGGCGUUAGCCGACGCCGGUACCAUUAAUUCCCCCGCUUUCAGUCUUUGGGGCCAGACAGCCCUGUUCGGCGGCGUUAACAAGGCCAAGUACAAUAGCCCUCUCCACACAUUCCCCAUAGUCAACGGAUCAGAUCUUGCCAAAGCUUUCCGUAUCAAUAUAGAUGGCAUCUCAAUCAACAAAACAUCCGCAGCAUCGAAGGAGUUCCCGCUGGACGCAGUUUUCGACACUUCGUUUGGUCUGACCUACGUGCCCAAGUCUGUGGCUCAGGCCCUGAAUGCCCAAAUCGGCAAAACCUCCGUUCCGGAUAAGUGGGGACAAGUCAACUUCUCUUGCAGUGCAAUGGGGGAGAACUCGACAAUAGAGUUCAAAUUUGGGGAAUUGGAAUUCCAAUUCUACCUCAGCGAUUUCGUGACCCAAGAAAGUCUCACCGGGGCGAAUUAUGGGUGGGAUCCUGAAACGGAGACGUGCUAUUUCGCGAUCCUCGAGAAUAUCAAUUUCCAAUAUGAGGGAAGCAUCGUUUUGGGCUCGAACUUCAUGAGCAAGGUUUAUGCAGUCUUUGAUCUUGAAAACGACGAGAUCUCAUUGGCGAACCUUAACAGGUAUGACAGUCCGGACGAUAUUGUCGAGAUCAAAUCGGGCAAGAAUGCUGUUCCUGAAGCGAAGAAGGACUCUGAGGACGAGAAAGACUCCGAGGCGAAGAAGGAAUCGGCUGGUACACACAUCGGAAAAGGUCUGGGGAUGAGCACUUUGGUGGUUGGUGCUGCUGUGUUGAACCUGGUUUUCUAA